UUUAAGCGUCUCUCCCUCGUCUUCUCUCCCCGGGUCUCCGCUCUCCCUCUCUCUUGCUCUCCUCACCCCCCCACCUUCCCUCCCCUCCCUCUCUCUCUCUCCAAAGAUUCGGAAACCGCUCUCAUCCACGAAGAAAACCGGCAGCACCCUCCCGAUCCAAGCUCGGAGACCACUAUAUCGGGCGACAGGAUCUGAUCAUCCAAUGGCGCGCGUGCCACGGAAGCGGCAGGGCGGAAACCCCAAGGAGGACGGCGACGAUGCCACUGGCGUGCCGCCGGAGUCCGCCGAGGAGUCUCCGGCGACGCCAGAAUCCCACUACGAGCAGUUUUCUUCUCCAGCGCUGGCGGCGGAGCCUGAGAAGGAUGUUCCGGAGGACAGGCCUGUCCGCGUAUACGCCGAUGGAAUCUACGAUCUUUUCCACUUUGGCCACGCUCGAGCCCUAGAACAGGCCAAAAAAUCGUGAGAUUUCAUCCCUCGAUUCAUCUCUU